CUAUAAACUUAUGGUUUGAACCGCCAUUUUGUAUUUAGCAAAGAUAGGAACACAUAUUCUUAUUUACCUGAUAUUCAGGAAUACUAGAUAUUUAUUUGAAAUGUUAGAAGAUUGCGUUUAAUAUAACAAGAAAACAUAUAUAUUAAUAUACAAAAUGACACAAGAUGAAUCAAUCAUAACAAAGAUACAGAAAGUAGAGGAUACAUUAAAUGAAUCUAUGUAUAAAUUAGAUAUGCUGACAAAAAAACUUAAAACAAAAUUAUUCACAAUGGAAACUCGUGAAGAGUUGGAAACACAAUUAGAAGAAAUUAAAGAGGUACUUAAAAAGAAUGAAGAAAAAUUAAAAAAAUUAAGAAAACAGAAUACAAAAUCAUUCAUGGUAGCAGCAAGCAUAAUUUUUGCAUGUUUUUUGCUCUAUGGAUUAUAUUUAAUGUUUUAUGGAACAAUAUAAGAUUUUUAUAUUAUAUUAUAUUUAUAUUUUUUAUAAUAUCUUUUAUUGAAAAAUAUUAUUUUCUGAAUUUUAUAUUAAUAUGAAAAAUUUUUUAUAUGUUGCUAUUUUGUAUCAUAUCAAUAUUGUUAACAUAUAACAUAUAUUUAAAACAUAUAUUUUCUUAUAGAUCAAAAAAAACAAUUUACUAUACAACAAUAUAUUAAUUUUUUUUUCACAAUUAUUAUAUGUUCAAAAUUUUUAAUUCAUAAUCAAAUAUGAGCAUAAGAUACCAACAUAAUUUUCCAAUAAGACUGAUUGCAUUAUGUUUUAUUUACAUUGCAUAAACAAAUUAAUUUCAUAAUAUAAAAUAUAAUUGUCUUACUAUAUAAGUAGUAAAAAAAAAAUUUUAAAUUAUUUAUCUUACAUUAUUUGUUUUUACAACAAAUUUACAGUAUUUAACUGAGAACAGUUAAGUUAUUGAAGCAUUGUAAAUAAUGUUAUAUUUUAAUUUAUGAACAUAUAAAAGGGUAAGUUAAAAUUUAUUAAUCAGUAAUCAAGUCAUAUUGUGGAGUUCCAGCACGACGACUUUGCAUGUAUUUAGCAUGUAUUUCAGUAUCAAGAUAAUUAGAUCUAAUAGCAGGAUUUUCUUUCAUGGCAGAUCUCCAUUCCAACUGUAAUUUUAAAUAAUAGAUUAGAAAUGUAUUAUUUAUAUAUUCUAAUAUAAUUUGUGUGGAAUAAGUAACUACACAUUUACUAAAUAUUUUACCAGUCUUUUAAAUCUAUCAUGAGGUAUAGUAAAUUGAUCUCCACGUAGCAUUUUAAUUGUAUUGGAUCUUUCCCACCAUGGCCAUAUCAUAAAGUCUAACAUGCCAGGAGAAUUACCAUGAAAGAAUGGUGUACCUCUUGAUGCAAGUUCUCUUUCAAAAAGUUCCAACUCUGAUAAAGCUUCAUCAAAUAUAUCUUGAUCUAUAGAUGUAUUAAUAAACAACUGAAAGAUAAAUAUUUAUAUUUUAAUUCUAAUAUGUUAUAUUUGUAUUUUAUAAAUAAAUUUUAUGUAUGAAAAACAAA